ACGUUGUGUUAAUUAUUAAAUCAAACAUCAACGUCAACUUAUCCAUCGCCCAUCGAUAAAAAUUCCCAUCAUAUAACAAUUGAAAUGUUGCAAAAUCGACCUACUAUACGCUAUUCCGUACUGCUGUUAGUGGCUCUGAAGUUCGAACUACUUUUCGUUGAAUAUGCUGUUGGUGACUUAGCGGCGUACCAGCAAAACACAUGUCCGGGCAAGACAACCUGCAGUCAGUGCAUCCAAACAACCAACUGUCGAUGGUGCAAGCUUCCCAACUUCACGCAACCACGCUGCCAUGGCCAGAUCGGGAACUACUGCCCGGAGGAGUUCACUGUUGAUCCUAGCAACUCGUUCAAGCUGAUCCAGGGACGACAAUUAACCAAAGCUUCUAGUCGUCUGGACGAUGCCGGUUAUAGUGACCGUGAACCAUACUAUUCUGAAAGUCAUCACGUGUCGUCGUCAUCGUCUUACUCCUACCAUCAGUCGUCUCAAAGCUCGUCAUACCAGGAAGAUUUAUCUGCCGGAAGUAUCGUACAGAUAUCACCACAACGUGUUGGCCUAAAGCUGCGGUUAAAUGAAGUCUAUCGACUUAGCGUGAACUACGCCCAGGCGGAAGACUACCCGGUCGAUCUUUACUAUCUCAUGGAUUUAUCUAAGUCGAUGGAAGAUGACAAAGCGAUCUUGUCGACAUUAGGUGCCGAUCUUGCAUCCGAGAUGCGUAAAAUCACCAGUAACUUCAAACUCGGUUUUGGCUCCUUUGUCGAUAAGGUGCUUAUGCCAUACGUUUCGACUGUGCCUAAAAA